AUGCACCACUUUACCCUUCUGGUUCGUUAUCCCCCUCCCUUAAUGUCUACGAUCGACAAUGGAGAUGAUGGCCACUACUACUACUCCAUUACUCACAUGUCGAUAUUUCAUAUUUGUAAACCCGAUAUAGAGAUUUUUGGAUCCGAUUUUUGUGGAUUACAAUAUCACUCAUCUCUCCUCUCCACCACCGUCGCUGACCCACGCACCUUCCGAUUGUGUCUUAAAUUGCUUAAAGAGAAAUGGAUUGAGCUCAACUUUAAGGGUGUUUAUGUGACAACCGAUCCACAUACUGAUGUUUGUUCUACCUCCAUUUCAUCCAGGUAUACAUCAAUCUCCAUCGAUAUCUCCUCCAGUCUUCCCUCUUUUAUUUUGAUCACCUCCUCUUUGAAAUUUCUACCACUCUGCGGCCGCAUCGGAGGAAAGGGCGAGCGCGAGACGGAGAGUGACAGUUGCAGAGACCUUAAUGGCAUUCCGAACCCGAAAGAAGAAGAAAACCCAAAAAAUUUGAAUGCCAAGCCAAAAGUAGUAGUGAUAAUGGGAGCAACAGGUUCUAGAAAAUGUCGUCUCGCCAUUGACCUAACUUCACAAUCCCUUAUCGAAAUCAUUAACACUGAUUCCAUGCAGUUGUACGAAGGAUUGGAUGUUCUCACUAAUAAAGUUCCACUUGACGAUCAGAAAGGUUCGAUUGAUUUCUCGCAUGAAAACAAAUUUAUUAUGCAUCCAUAUCAUUUCACAAGUCAAUGUCUUCGUUCUUUCUUCCUCAAUGUAUCAUCACUAAUCAUCUGUGAUUCUUUGUCUAUGUUGGAGUGCCACACCAUCUCUUGGGGUAAUUUAUGCACAGUUAUGGCUGGCAACUACACACUUGUAUGGGACAAUUUGUAUUCAACCUUUUUCAAGAAGGCACUUGUGAGUCGAUUUGUUUUAGAUGAUUCACCUAUGGAUACUGAUGAACUCAGCCUAGAUGAAACAUAUGGAGAUAAACAACAACCCAAUGAACUUAUGCAAGAACAAGAGAAUUUUAGUUAUAGUUAUGAUAAUCUUAAAGAUCUUGAUCCAGUUGCAGCAAAUAGAAUUCAUCCAAAUGACCAUAGAAAGAUUAAUCAAUACCUUCAUUUAUAUGCUUCAUCUGUUGUUCUUCCUAGCAAAUAUCUUCAGGAAAAGACUAUGGAGGUUGGUAUCUCAUAUUCUUCCAAAACAGUACUUGAAUAA